AAAACUCUUGAAUUCACAUAACAAGCUUUUUCUUCCUUCUUUCUCUAUAUCAAAGGGUUGAUUACAAGCUGAGCUCUUAAUUUGCCUAAUUCAAACCAUGAAGUUGCUUAAAGUUAUGCAUGCCAAGUUCGCAUGUGAUCAAUUUGAACAUAUGGAAGACGAAUCAUCUUCUUCUGUGUCUCAACUAUUUAAUGGAUUCCAGACGAUCACAACUCUUGAAAAAGAUGUAUUCGUCACCGAUCUAGCAACACCCAAUUUUUCCACAUACGUUGAGAGUACAUCGAAAAAUGAAACCGCGACAACAGAAGAUAAAACGAAGAAGAUGACGAGGGCUGUAAAGUAUGAAAACGAAGCAAUCCGUAAUCCAACUAUACUUAUAAAGGACCGUAGAACUUCACUAUGGGAGCUGUUUCAGAAAACUAAAACGGUAGAGAAAAAAAACGAACCUGUAAUGAAAAAGAUACUGAAAACAAGAAUGAUUGAUCAGCCUUCUUCUAAGGACUAUACAGUGGCCCCUGUAGGAACCGCUAAUUCAGCUGAUGAAAAACUCCACAAGAUCCUACGUAUACUACACAGAGUUCACCCCGAAGCCUUAGCCAUCUCACAAAAAUCUCAAAACCUGUGGAAAUAUGUGAUGAAAAGCAACUGCACAAAUGAAGGGUGUCGAAACGAAAAUCAAAUGCUAUCCGAAGAUAUCAUUAUAUUCCCUUUUGGGGCUACUUCUGAGAAGAGUGAAAACCACACAAAGAGCAACAUGUCCAAUCAUCUCAUAUAUGGUGGGGAUGAUACUAACUGGAAAACAGAAUGCUGGAUCAAAUCAGAUGCAGAAUAUCUGAUAUUGGAAUUGUAGAAGAAGACAAAUCAAACAAUGCGUAUGGAUGAUAAAUUGGUUGGAAGCACAUUGAGCAAAUCUGCAAAUGAGGCCGAAUAAAUUCAUCUAUUUGUAAAUAGUGUGCCUGUUGAAGUAAAGUAACAAUGACAAUCACCAAACCACAUUCAAACUCAUCGUUUUUCCUUUAUGUGGAAAAAGAUUGUGAUUAGAAAGAGAGAUUAUGAGGUAAACUAAACAUGGUUAUUUAUAUAAUUGUUGGUGGUGAUGACUUUUGGGGGUUUACAUAGAUAGACACCUCCCGUAUUGUGC